GAAAAAAUUGGUGUAUAGUCUAUGACAUUCGUCGAAGAAAAGUUGUGCCGUGUAGACGUGUGGUGUGGUGUAAAGUUAUUUUUAAUUAGUGAGUGUUCUGUUGUAAAAUAUUAAAAGUGAGAAGAUAAUUAUUGACCGUUUCUAAAAUGGCUUGGAUUUAUCUUAUCCUCAGUGUUAUCAUAAGUGUGGCCCAUGCCCAAACGGAUGCUGAAGAAAUUCCCUUCGGAAGUCCCAUCACAUUACCACCAGAGCUUCAAGCCAAAAUAAAUGAAACCGAUGUGGAAAAAUAUAAGACGCAGUACUUAGAACAGUUUAAGAAGAAAUGUGAACAAAAUGGCCAUCCUGAGAUAUAUGAGAAGGCACAAUCAGCCGCUACCGACCUCAUGGCUUGCUUCAACUCUUUGGUAGACAUGGAGGUUCUACAGCAGGAAAUUGAAAAUGCUAAGCCCACUGGUGAAGUCGACGAAGUUUUCAAAAAAUAUUGCUCGAAGACGCCUCAGUUCAAGAAAUGUUUCCGAAACAUGACCGAGAUGGUGAAGCCUUGCUUCUCAGCUGCUGAGCAGAAAAACUUCAACGUUAUGUACAACGUUACGGAACAAUUAGCAGACUUCGUAUGCUUUAAAGAGGGUGACAGAAUUGCACUGUUCAUAGCAGAAGGUGGUAAGGAAUGUUUCCAAGACCAGCAGGACGGCAUACAGGAGUGCUUCAGCACAGUGUUUGACAACAAGACGGAGGCGAAUUUACAGAACAUCUCCGUCAGUGGCAUCAUGGAGCUUGAAUUUAAGGAGAAGCAGUGUGACCAGAUGACUAGUCUACAGGAAUGUGUAGUCACCACUUUGGAGAAGUGCCCCAAACCCACUUCAGCCAAUAUCUUGGACUCUCUCUUCAACUUCAUCAGAAAUGCAACCCCUUGUAAACAGUUCGUAAAGGCACCUGAAAAGGCCCCGGCCAGAGGUCGAACCACCGAAGAGAAGAAGAACGUGCCGGAUGCUGCAUCAGGCCUAACUGUAACAGUCACAACACUGUUAACGGCUCUAAUUGUGUCAUUACUCAUCUAAGCUACACCUAUUUAUUUAUAAUUAAACGCUCCUAUAUUUAACUUUAAUUAUAAAAACGCUAUAAAAACCUAUUAUACCUAAACCAAAGGUACAAAUCAAUAGGUCACAACCGAUCAAAAUCGCUAGUGCUGCCAUCUGCGUAAAACGAAAAAUGCAAAAAUUUUUAAAAGUCCAAAUUACCAUUACAAGGAAAAAUAUUUUAGAUGCCUUUUUAUAUACAUUUUUAUGACAAGGUCGCAUAUUAUUUUUUUAAUUUUAUAUGUAUUUUAUUUUUGGGGGUAGCCGUGGAUUGAACAAAGUAAUAAAUGUAAGGUGUAUACGAUUGUUGUGAAACAACAUUACGCGUCUAGGAUUUGAGAGACGAAGUAGUAAGUAGAAAGCGAUCGACAUAUAACGUAAAACAACUUUAAUAUAAUCGUAAAGGUUUUCAUUAAAACCUUCGUCAAACUGUUCUCGAAGCUCGACCAGUUUCAAGUUACACCGGGACUCAUAAUCAUGAGUUUCGUGCGUACGCGUAGCUAGUAACAGUUGUCCGGAUAUUUCAACCAACAUUUUUAGCAUAGUAGCAACAAUGGCAGUUAUUUUAAUUCAAAGAACGGAUGUCUCAUGUAUAGUGACGAUGACGUCACAUCACCUUAUGAACCACAGAACUUCUUUGUUCUCGAUUAUGAACACAUUUUAUAGUUAAUCGCUUUAAUGAUUCACUUUUUUAUUAUUUUUCAAGCAGCUACACCUCGGUCAGCUAUGAACAAUGUCGCAGGUUCGACAUUUUAUGUACUAACCAGCAGGUCAAUCUAUCCUUUGCUGUCAAAUUUGUUUACUAGAUUUUUAACUCUAUCGUUGACAUGACAUGAAGUUGAAAAUCCAAUGACAAAAAUUGGCAUUUGAGUAGGUUGAUAUGCUAGCUACUGUACAAAUAUUUUAUAAUUAUUGGUAUGUUAUUCAUUAAUGCUUAUACUUCGUCUCUAAUGAGAGUGACUAGGGAUAAAAAGGGCUCGAGUUGUAAUUAAACAGGUAUUUUCAUUAUAAGACAAUCAGCUGAAUAUCAGCUUUUACCUGUAUAUUGUUGUAGCUUAUUUUUAUAUUUAUUAUAUGUAUUUUGUUAUUAUUGGCGUUUUAUUUGGCCUGCAAAUUAAUAUGCUAAGAAAAAUGAGCGGCUUUUGAUAUAUUCUUUAUGGUCAUUCUGUUUUUAUAUUUUUUUAAAGUUGUGUAAUUCUCGAGUGCAGUUACAUUUAGUUUAUUUUUAACCGACUUCAAAAAAGGAGGAGGUUAUACGUUCGGCCGGUAUGUUGCUUUUUUAAUCAUAUACAGGUCGAUGUUUUUACAAUUGUAAUGUGAUCGCCAAGUACAUAUCGUUCGUUAUAUUUUCAUAGUAUAUUUGCCAAAAAAACGUGGCCAACGAAAUCGUGACGCUUAGCUUUAAGUCAUAAGUACAGAAGUUCUGCUUUCAUAAUAUUUUUACCAAUUUGUCACAAAGUUUAAUAAAUGUAGAAGAAUGUUUGGUCCAUUUUAAAUAUGGCCGUCCGAAGAGAUGUAUGCGAGGCAUCUAUAAACGAAAUGCCGUAAGUCCAUUGGCUAAAAAACUGUAAUCUGUAAGGAAUAGAGUCGAAAAUAGUGUGUAAAAUGAAACAGUCUCGCUUAGUAAUUGGUUAAUGCUUCUGUCCAUUGAUUUUAGGCGUAAGUGACCGUCGGUGUUAGGGUUGGUGUUGUAGACUUAGUAAUAGUACAAUAUAGGAUGUCAUAAUAAAAGAAAUACCAUUCCUCAAUGAGGGCUACCGUUUAUUGCUCACUAGAUGGCCUUAAUCUAGCAAGAACUCUUUGGCCAAUCCCUGUAGCUCUCAAUAACUAAACGUCCAAUAGUGUGACACUAGCUAAUUCCCUAUUGGAUGAAGAACGAGAGCACGCUAGCGCCAUCUACUGAGCAAAACACAGACGCCCCCAUUACUUUUAGCUUUUUAAGUACAUGGUUUGUGAUCAUAUCGCCUAACUUUAUUCAGACUUGCUAUUUUUUUAAUAUGAGGUUACGCCAAUAUGUAAUGCCAACAAUAUAUUCAGUUUAAUAUAUUUAUAGUUUUUAAUUGAGACUGGUUUGUAUCAUUCUGAUUGUUGAAAAAUAGCAAUAAGAGGACGCUGUGAACAUACAAGGAGUUGAAUCGAGAUAUAUUAUGUUUUUGCAUUAAUUUAUACAUUUCAUGUUGCAUAUAUGAUGGCAGGAUUUUUUACUCUAUAGGUAACUUCAUUUGUAAUAAUUUUAAAUUGACCCGUCUCAUGUUUUAUUUAAUUAAUUUUGAUUCUUAUGGCAUUAGUUUAAGGUAACAUUUUAAUAAUCAGUAUACCAACUAUUUCAGCUAUUGGUAAAUGUUGUCUUGUUACUAACGCAAUAGAAAUCAAAAUCGAUUGAGUUAAUUCUAAGAUUAUUUUAAAUGUCGUUUAUUAUUGAAAUGAAGGAAUACAUAAUGUUGUGAAGUUUAAUAUUAUUUUGUGAUCAUAGUAGUCUUUAACUUUUUUAAUUAAAAUAUAAUUAGAUAUUUAAAAAUACAAACUAUUGCUUUGUCGACUGUUCUAUAGAAGCCAUAUUGUCUAUGUCAGGAGUACGUAGAUUCGAUGUCCGGUAGAUAAAUAGAUAAUUGUAUAUGUUGCUACGUGGUGUAUAACCAUUUUACAAUAUUUGCAAAUAAAUGAUGGAAAGUAUAAGAUGA